AUGGAUUGUGGAUGUUCUUCAACGACACAAGGAUUAGUGUUAUCAGCAUUUUUCGUAGGAUACUUAACAACCCAAAUAUUAGGAGGAGCGCUAGCCGAUAAAUUUGGAGGAAAGCCGGUUCUAGCAAUAGAAAGAUCAAGAGCCAACGCCGUUGUAACAGGAUCAAGUGUUAUUGGAGCCGUCGUUGGACUGCCACAUGGACGGCUGGGCAGCGGAAUCAAGUUACCGGAUCUAUAUGAAGGGAUCAGUCAAGAAGAAGAAGGCGUUAGGGAUCUACACAGUAACGCAGGGAUGAAUCAACUCCUUUAUUUGGCUAAUAUACCAUGGAUGUCGAUACUUUCAAAGAAAGAAAUCACUUUGGCAUUGACAUCAAGAAAUUGGGAUAUUUUGCUGUCAUUUGCAGGCACGAUUGGUGAUCAUAUGAUUCAUAAAGUUAAAUUUCGAGUCAUAACCAUUAGGAGGAUCGCUCAAUCAAUUGGAAGUUUUGGAGUCGGGGAUAAACUUACGAUCGGCAUGGGACUAAACGCGUUCACGUUAGGCGGGAGAUCCGUAAAUCAGUUUGAUAUUGCCCCUAAAAUAUGCAUCAUCUACGGUCUUGGCAACACUUUAGGUGUGAUCCCUGGAUAUUUAUAUUUUAGUUCAGCAUUAAUCUUCUUGGCUUGGGCAGGUGGCGAGGUCAUCAUCGAUUGA